AUGAUAGAAGAAAUGGAGCGAGCUUUAAAUGCUACCGACCAAUUCUUAGAUACUGUUUUACAGGAUAAAAAUCGUUUAAAAGAUCCAUAUUUUAUGAUGUAUUUAAUGCGUAUACGACAAAAGCAUAAGAAAAUUUUUGCGGUAAUUAACGAACUCUUCUCGUCCCACUCUGUCACACCAACAAAAAUUCACCGUACUGAUAUUGUUGAUGAGAAAUGUUGUGGUCAGUUUAUACUGAAUUUACCAGUAGGAGAUGACGAUAAAGAUGCUUGGAUUGUUAAUGAUGAGCGCAAACGUUCACGUUCGGUACAAAUUCAAAGACGUAGAAUGCGUGAAGAGCGAAGAUUUGAAUAUGCUGAAGAACAGUUGUUACAAAUUGCUAAUAGCACGAAUAAUAUCAAAAAACUACAUUUGAGGAAUAAUGCAAAGUCAACUCGAAUAUCUCAUUCGUGGCGGCUUAUCAAUGAAUUAAAGGAGAAAAAAAAAAUUGAAGAAACGGAAGAAAAGAAAAAAAUAACAUAUCUUCGGAAUAGAGUACCACGAUCCACGUAUGAACCACGUUAUCAGCAAUUAUGUGAAAAGGAACAACACGCCCGUGAAAUGCGAUAUCAAAGAGCAAUAGAAAUGCCUAAAAAAGUACGCUUUCGACGAAUGGCUGCAAAGUUUGAACCGGAAAGCUUUCAUUUACGACGAUGUAUCAGUGCUGAAGCAUCCGACUGGGAUAAACGAGAAGCCUUUAAAGCAAAGGACGUUCCGCUUAGCGUCUAUCUAUCGCCAUACAAAGAUGAAAUCCGAACAUGUGAAAGGGAACGUCGGAAGAUGGAACGAGCAGCUGAAUUAAUUCGAACAAGUCGCGCACCACCGGGACUUGAGAAACAUGCAAUACAAUCAAAAAUAAAGCAUCGUCUUCGACAUGCAAAAUAUUGUAUGGAUCAAGAGCCGAACCGUAAUAUUUGCUAUUCACGAACUGUGCCGAAUUUUAAAAAAUUGCAUGAAUUAUUAUUAAAUAAAUUAGAAAAAGCAGCGUCAAGUCGUCCUGUAACCGUUGUGACACCCUUUUACUUUCAAACCGAUGAACGAAUGAAUAAUCAUAAAUGCAAUCAUGAAAAUUUGUUGCCAAGAAUAAAUCGUCGUAGUUAUUCGACGGGUAAUUUGCGAGAAUACAACGGGCCUGGGAUACGUCUUAAUCAUGCGUCUUUGCUACGUAGCGAAGCUAAUCGAAUUCGUGUCCAAAAAAUGGAAAGUGAACAAAAUUGUUCACAAAAAUUUUGGGAAUCAAUGAAAAAACGAGGUGAAUUGGCACGUAUUAAAUUGAAACAAAAAUUGGGAACGGAAUUUACCACAAACUGUGAUAUUCAGCGUAGGCUGAAAGAGAAAAAAACAAAAGAACAAGAACGAGCAGAUGAAUAUCGGAAUGAAUUAAAGGCAAUGAAACGACGAGUUCGCGCACGAGCGCUUAUCGUUGAACAACAAGAAAUGCUAAUCAAAAUGCAACGCUUUGAACGGAAAUACAAAGAGACUGUGAAAGGGAUACGAAGUAAAACACGAAAAUUCAACAUACAAAAACAAUAUCCAAGCAUAUUUAAACAAAGAACGACGAUGACUAAUUUUGAUCAGCAAACAGUGAUAAUUUCAACGUUGGAUCAAAGUAAUGAAACGCAAACUUCUAAAACGGAAGCCAAUAGCGAUAGUUUAUUCAUAUUGGAUAGCGAUGAUAAAGGAAAUGAAGAACAUGUUGAUGAAGAUAAUGAUAAUGACGGUAGUGGUGGUGAUAACAGUGAUAGUAGUAAUGAUGGUAUUGAUUAUGAUAGUGAUUAUGAUGAGGAUGAUAAUAGUGAUAGGGAUAAUGAUGAUGGUGAUGAUGGCGAUGAUGGUGAUGAUGGUGAUGGUGAUGACAAUGAUGGCAGCGAUGAUGGUGCGGAAGAUGAGGAAAGUGAAAAUGAUAAAGAUGGCUUUAACGAGAGUUUAGAAUCAAAAAAUAGUGAAAGUUCAUUGGAUAACCAGAAAUUUGGUUUUUACACGAUGCAAAAAAAGCAAAAAACUACUUCGAUUUAA